AUGCUUCAUCCAUUUCAAUCAGUUCUUUUGAACCGGGAUGGUUCUUUACUAUUCUGUGUUGUGAAGAACGAGAUAAAGGCAUUUAAAGUUGAAGGGAACGGAUACGUACUACGUGGGGAGUGGGUUGAUGAUCUGGAUAAUACACCUCUGAUUAAAGAGAAGGUUUUAAAAGAGCAAGCCAGACAGUUAAUUGAGAAUGCUUCUAAAAAAUUGAAGACAAAUGACGGCGAGCCAGUUGCACAACCCAAGAAGCAGGCAAAAGUUCCAAAACCUGGCCCAGGAGCUCCUCCAGUGUAUCAAUAUAUUAGAAACCUUGCGUUGUCAAGAGAUGGGAAAUUAUUACUUGCUUGCACCGAUUCUGACAAGGCAGCUGUCAUUUUCAAUAUCGAUUUGGACGAUAAAGACAACAUUUUUAAACUAAUUAAACGUCAGCCUUACCCUAAGAGGCCAAAUGCUAUAACUACAUCUGUUGACGAUAAGGAUCUAAUUCUUGCUGAUAAAUUUGGAGACGUUUAUUCUAUGCCCAUCCAAAAUGACGUAAUUACUUCAAUCAACGCCGAAAAGGCACCAAUCCUAGGGCACGUAUCCAUGCUCACAGAUGUUAACAUGUUGACUGACUCUGAGGGGAAACAAUAUAUAGUUACAGCAGACAGGGAUGAACACAUCAGAAUCUCACACUAUCCUCAAAGUUUUAUUGUGGACAAAUGGUUGUUCGGCCAUGAAGAAUUCGUUUCUACUAUAUGCAUCCCUGAGUGGAGUGAUAAACUACUUUUCAGUGCUGGUGGUGACAAAUUUGUCUUCUCCUGGAACUGGAAAACUGGUGCUUUGCUAUUCAAGUUUGACUAUACAGAUUUGAUUCAAAAAUACUUAACUAGUGACCAUUUGGCACCAGAAAGAUUCCAAAAUGAGAAAGGCGAUGUGAUUGAAUACAGUGUUGCUAAAAUAGUCACAUUAAAAGAUGUCCCAUAUAUUGCAUUUUUCGUGGAAGCUACCAAGGUACUGUUUGUGCUGAAAGUGGAUGAAAAAUCUGGUGCUUUAUCUUUGCAUCAAACUUUAGAAUUCGAUGAAAAAAUUGUAUCUUUGACCAGUGCUUUGGAUGUCAAUACAUUAUGCAUUUCGUUAGACAACAGAGACAACCAAGAUUGUGAUUUAGUGAAACUACUCUUACUCGAGGGUGAUGUGUUCAUUGAACAGAAAGAUACUAACUCUCAAUUGAUGAAUACGAUAAGAUCAACAUUGAAAUCAGACUUAAUCGCGAAUGUCGAAGCUGGUGAUGUGUACCCAUUGUAUCAUAAUGCAUCUUUGAGAAAGCAUGGCGAGCAUUUCUCAUGA